UUGUACUUAACACGCGCUUCUUUCUUUCUUUCUCCCCCUACUUCCAGCCAGCCAGCCUGCUCCCCAUUGUCCGCCCCUGCCACCACCAUUUCACAAACAAAACAGAAAGGAAACGCGAAGAGAAGAGAAACGCAAACUGAAGAGAUGAAGUACCGAGAUCGGGCGUCCGUUUUGAGUAACGACACACUGCGGGCAACGAGCCCCAGCAGCGCAGGCUUCGAACCGUGCUCCCCACCGCCUGGCUUCCGCGACUACGACGAUGACGGCGGCGGACAGAGAUGGUCUGACAUCGUCCCGCCCGAUGCAGGGCUGACUUUCGCGGUCACGAGCUCGCGGGACACCGACAGCGACGCGAUGAGCUUCGAUACAAGUCCAGAUUUGCUCCUUUCCCCCUCCCCCCGUCCCCGUCGACAACGCCAUGACGCGCCUUCUUCUGCCUAUGACCGUUCACAAGUACUCACCGCCGGCACUUCCAUGUUUGGGCUCGGUGCCGCCGCAACCACACCCGCCACGAUGCAAUUCUUCCGCGACAACUUCCCCUUCGAGGCCUCCGCUUUCUUCCCCGCUCCCAAAGACAGACCGACCGCGGGCAAAACGCAGACGUCGUCGACGAUGGAUGGGCUCGAUGUCUACCUCCGCGGCUCUCUUCUUGGCCAAGCGCACGACACUACUCGAUAUGCAUCGUGCUUUGCUGGCUUGGACGACGAGUUCGACCUGCAGACAAUGUAUGGCAAGGAUCAAGGCCCGGUUCGCGCAUGGAUGCGCGGUGUAGAGGGAAUCCACCAACGUUAUAAUGUCAAGAGUGACAUUACAGACGAGGGCUUCUUUGAAAGCGAGAUGUAUCAGGGCAUGGACGUAGACAACGUGGAUAACUUGCCCUCGCGGUUCUCCCGCACGACCACCUCCACAUCCAACUUUGUCACCGUCGAAAAGGACAAAGACUUUGAGACGUCCACGUCCACCUGGUCUGCGCUCGAGGCCCCAAAUACCCCCGGCUACUCGCACCUCAUGUUCUCCACACCCCCAGCAGACUCCAAUUCACGCAGCAGGCUGCAUAAACUCCGCGGGCCCGCAUCCCCCGCAGAUGUCCUCAAGCGGCCGCAGUACAACCACACCAGCGCCAGCCCCUCACCCGCUACCAACUCUAAGCCAUUCCCCUUCCCCUCCCCGAAUUCUUCCCCCGUCCAACGCGCCAAGACGCCAACACAGCGCCCCGCUUCUCCGUUAAGCCCCGCGACGCGUGCCCGUAAACUCUCGUCCCGCUCACUCCCGAGCCUGCCAAAGCUCCGCCUCUCGCUCAAGCGUCGUGUCCCCUCGGCCGAUGGUGGGGCCGGCAGCCGCAGCGCCGGCGCGGAGCAGCCCGGGCCGGGGUGGGUCUGGAUCGACGUCAAGGACAAGGACAAGGCGAAAGCGGCACAUAUGGGCGAGCUGAGCGAGGAGCCGGAGGAGAUGUCAGCCGCUACCACGGCGUGGGAUGCAGCGGUGGCGCGUGAAGAGGGGAAGAGGCUCCCGAUUUGGCGCGAGCAUGCGACUAUGCUGCCGGGCAGCGUUGGCCGGCCGCGUUAUCCGCUCCAGAGCCAGAAUCAACCACAAAAGUAUAUGGGAAAACGGCCGCAGGCGAUGCAUGCGCAUACGAUGCCGUACCCAUGA